UAAGGUGGGAUAAAGAAUAACGCUAAUACACCAAUAAGCCUAGGGCUCGCAGUUAGUUUAGUGGUCGGUGGUUGUAGCCCUAACCCCACUUUUACCACAGGCGAAGAAUGAAAUGGAUGAACCAAUGAAAUACCCCGCCACAGAUCCACUUUGCCCACCCGAAACUGCUUAUGUGACUCGUUAUUGCUUUGAAAUCAAGCCAGGAAAUUUCCAGUCAAGUGGCCCCGAACCUCAAAUUCCCUUGCCGGAUAUUUAUCAUCUUUCCCUCAACAACACCCAUACAACACAUCCAACUAACGACAUCAUCAAGAUAAAUCAAUCAAGAUGGCGCGUCGUCCGGCAAGAUGCUACCGAUACUGCAAGAACAAGCCGUAUCCCAAGUCCCGCUUCAACCGUGGUGUACCCGACCCUAAGAUCCGCAUUUUCGAUCUUGGCCGAAAGCGCGCUACCGUCGAUGACUUCCCUCUAUGCAUCCACCUCGUUUCCAACGAGUACGAGCAGCUGAGUUCCGAAGCCCUUGAAGCCGCCCGUAUUUGCUGCAACAAGUACAUGGUCAAGACCUCCGGAAAGGACAGCUUCCACUUGCGCGUCCGUGCCCACCCUUACCACGUCGUCCGCAUCAACAAGAUGUUGUCGUGCGCUGGUGCCGAUAGACUGCAGACUGGAAUGCGUGGUGCCUGGGGCAAGCCCAAUGGAACCGUCGCCCGUGUCAACAUUGGCCAGAUCAUCCUAAGCGUCCGCACUCGUGACUCUAACCGUGCUGUUGCUCUUGAGGCCCUCCGACGAUCCCAGUACAAGUUCCCUGGCCGACAAAAGAUCAUCGUUUCCAAGAACUGGGGCUUCACCCCUCUCCGCCGUGACGAGUACCUCGAGAAGAAGGCUGCUGGCCGUGUCAAGGUCGAUGGUGCUUACGUCCAGUUCCUUACUAACCACGGUAGCCUCAAGCAGAACAUCAAGCGCUUCCCUGAGGCGUUCUCUGCUGAGGCUUAAGUGAUUUGUUACGGAGAUAAGCAGAUUCGGGUUGAGGGGACAGGCGUAUAAUGGUUACCAUAGCACUGCUACAUGACAGUCAAUUCGGAUAUUGCAUUUGCACCCUAUGAAUCGUUGUCCAGUGAUGUGAAUUUCAAAUCACGGUGAGGAUGAUGUUCAAUUAGUUUGACCGGUCCCGCCUAAACGGCUGAGGCUGGCAUUUACCGUAGUUUUGCUUGCAGCCAAUUCGAGAUGAUUUCAUAUAAAU